AUGCCUGACUGGAGGUCUACUUUACUGGACCAGGCUGAAGACAACAGAGAGCAAACAUGCAAGACCACACUGCCCGGAUACUUGGUCUCGAAACGUUUGCGGACAGCGGCUUCUUUGACUCCUUCGACUCUCCAGGUCCUUGCAGAUACCACUGUUGUCGACUGGUCACAGUUCGCAUACAUACAGUACGUUACCAACUUGGCCUAUCUCUGCAACUCGGUCAUGAUCUUUGAAUCCAUUUCACGCUUCGGCAGUCACGCGGAUAAACUUAUGAUGUAUCCGCAUGAAUGGAGCCUUAGCUCGGAUGACAACAGCGAUGAAAGCCGGCUUCUCAGAAAGGCACGCGAUAAAUACCACGUCCGUCUUGUCCCUAUCACUGUUCAGCGAUCCAGUGGUCAGGACGCUACCUGGAUGGACAGUUUUACCAAACUCCUUGCUUUCAACCAGACACAGUACGAGCGGGUGAUAAUACUUGAUUCUGAUGCCACACUCCUACAGAACAUGGACGAGCUUUUCUUCCUUCCCCCCGCCCCCAUCGCCAUACCAAGAGCGUACUGGUUAGACCCAAAGGAGCACGUUCUAACGUCGCUACUGGACGUCAUUACGCCCUCAGCAUUUGAAUUCGAUAGAAUUCAACGGCAAAUCGCGAAUCACUCAGCGAACGAGUUUGACAUGGAAAUCAUCAACAACCUCUACGGCGACAACUGCCUUGUUAUCCCGCAUCGGCCAUAUGGUUUACUGUCUGGCGAGUUUCGUGCUUCGAACCAUCACGCUUACCUGGGAUCGGAUGAAGAGACGUGGGAUCCGGUUAAGGUCUGGAGGGAGGCCAAGUUGAUACAUUUUUCUGACUGGCCAUAUCCCAAGCCUUGGAUCAAGGCCAGUGAUCAGGCUACCGAGGAACGCAAGCCAGCUUGCCAUAAGAAUGAAACGGGCGGCGUUAAGGAUUGUCGUGGCCAGGAAAUCUGGCUGGAGCUUUACAAAGACUUUUCGAGAAGGAGGGAGGCGGUUUGCGGUCACGCCUAUGGGUAG